GAACGUAUGGACUAAGCGCGAGGGCGGUGCCAACUCCUUCCAGUUGAAAGGACUGGAAAUAAAGGUGGAACAUGCCUAGACGUAAUAUCACAGAAUGUAAAAGUCUCGGCUUUCCUUCCGACAGAGUGGCUUGCAAUUAUCUUCCUGUAAUCGCCCUGGUGUUGCAUUUAUGCGGGGAUGAUGAUUAAGCACGAUUGCUGCUUAAGCUCAGUUACGGUACUCUACAUCAGCAAACUAUUUUUCAUUUUCAAGGCCUAAUUGGAUGUCGUGGAUGCCAGCGGAUGCCAGGAUGCCCUGUGUCUAUGUCCCUGUUUGGAUGCUGCGGAUGCUCCAUACAAAAACUGGAUGCUGUGGAUACAUUGAAUGAAAUCAAGCCAUCUAUUUCAAUUAAUGCCUUCAUAGGCAUCUAAAGCAUCUGCAAUCGUCGUAAGAUCUGGUGCAGUCGCAAGAUUUGAUGCAGUCGCAAGAUCUAGUGCAGUCGCAAGAUCUGGUGCAGUCGCAAGAUCUGGUGCAGUCCAUUCAAUUAUACUAUCGAGAAGCCGGUCUAAAAGAUGCGGAUGAGGAAUACCGUGUCAUCGCUCCAGAUUUGCCUGGGUUCGAAUUCACCGAGGUCCCUAAAGGGUAUCAGUACACCUUUGAGAAUCUUGCCGCCACGGUCGAAGAUUUCCUUGACGCGCUCCGGAUUACCAAGUUCUCAGUGUACAUUUUCGACUAUGGUGCUCACACGGCGCUACGCCUGGCCCUCCGCCAACCGGAGGCCAUUCAAGCCAUCAUCAGCCAGAAUGGCAACGCAUACGUCGAGGGGCUCGGAAGGACUUCUGGGCCCCGAUUCGAAAGUUUUCAGUACGAGUCCGGGGAGUCGUCUCCCGACAAGAUAGCUCCCGAGGCGUAUCAUUUGGACUAUGCCCUCCUUUCGCGAGCGGGAAACGCGGAAAUUCAACUGGACCUAUUCAAAGAUUAUGGCAACAAUAUUCCCCUUCUCGCGGUUUGGGGGAAGAACGAUGUCAUUUUUGUCCCAGCGGGUGCUGAAGCGUUCAAGAGAGAUUUGCCAAAUGCGGAGAUCCACCUCUUGGAUGCAGGACAUUUUGCAAUUGAGACACAUGCAGGGGCCAUUGCGGCCUUGACGACGGGAUUUUCGAGACGACAUGGACUUUAG